AGCUGGAGAACAUAGAGACUUCCACUAAAUAUAAAAGGUUAUUGUGUUCCAGAGAUGUGUCAGAUGAUCCUGAAGACAAAGCAGUCACCAGUGGUGUUUAAGCUUCUCGCAUUGCUCUCUUGGCAUUCCCUUUUCUUCCCCCAGCCACCUGUUUUUUGUCGGUUGCCCUCUUUCACACCCAUUCACUGCAAAGGAGGCCAGUAUAAAUAGCUGUGAUUCAUGAAGGGAGAAAGAGAAUAAGAAAGAGAGACUGAAAGAGAGGAGAAGGAAGAUAUAUCACACAAGAUUGGCCUUGCAAAAGCAGUUCUGAGAGAGAUCCUGAUAUCUGGGUUUCCCCCUCUUUUGGUUUGAAGACAAUGUGGCGGGCCCUCAUGUAUCAGCUUGCUCUGAUUCCUCUCGUCCAGGCUCAAAAUGACUACUGCAGAACACACCGUACCUUCAGGGAGCCAGCCAACACUGACAUUAACGUCUACUGUGGCACAAAUCGCAUGGAGCUCCAUAUCUUGCUAUGUCCCGUUUACUUUGGUGGAUACAAUGAAACACUGAUGUCCCUCAACGCUCAGUACUUCAAGGGAGAGUGCCGGGGGACACCCGAUUGGACGGUCGACCCGCCUAUUCUGAAAUACAACUUCUCCAUCACAGAGGAGGCGGUGUCCGCCUGCAACAACAAAAUAAAGAUCACUCAGGAGGUGGGUUCUGGGCUCUUUGCAGAUUUCUCCAGCGUUCAGUUUGUCAACAUCUCGGGCAUGAUCAACUCUCUGGACCCCAGUGCGGGAACGAUCACCUACCGCCAGGAAAUGAUUUACAAAUUCUCCUGCCGCUAUCCACUCCAGUACUUGGUCAACAACACUGAGAUGACCGUGUCUGGGGUGAGCCUAGCAGUCAAAGACAGCAAUGGGAGUUUCAUCAGUACCCUGAGUAUGAUGCUCUACUCGGACAGGUUCUACACAACCCAGCUCAAGGUCCCUGAGGUAGGCUUGACGUUGAAGACACGCAUCUUUGUGGAGGUCAAGGCCACCAAUCUCACUGGAAGGUUCAACGUGUUGUUGGACCGAUGCUAUGCCACAACCAGUCCUUACCCCGUCAACAGCACUUAUUAUGACCUCUUUGUUGGCUGUAACCGGGAUGGCCAGACGGUGAUGGGGGUGAAUGGGCAACAGCAGGAAGCUCGUUUCUCGUUUGAGGCCUUCCGCUUUGUCCAGCACAAGAACAGGACGUUGUCCACUUUCUACCUGCACUGCUCUACCAGACUCUGUGAGAGGUCCGUCUGCACCUCCCUGCAACAGAACUGCACGGACAUCAGCUCAAGGAGGAAGCGGGAGGUCCAGGACACGUCUGUGACCGACGCAGCCACAGUCAGCUCCGGCCCCAUCCGCACCCAAGUGGACAACGGUGAUACUGUCGGAAUUGUAUCUGAAGUUUCCGAGCAGUUGGGUGGAAAACGCAGAUCCUUGCAAGGCGUUGCCAUAGCAGCAGGGAUUGUUGGUGCGCUCUGUAUCGCCAUGGUAGCCUUCAUUGCGUACUGGAUCAUUGUGCCAAGGACCAUUGGGGCCACAGAGAAGAGAAUGCUCUUCACUACAAAAGAGUGACAGUUUAGGGGAAGGUUUUGCCCUGUUACUCUUAAGGUGGUUUCCUCUGUCCUAGUUCUUAUGAUCACUGACUUAGGUGGGUCAGUGACAGUGCAAUAACUUAAUGAAUAUAUCUGUAACCUGCACAUAUAGCACUGCAUGUUUAAAUAGUUUAUUUCCAUUUUAAAGACAUGUAAAGUCUGCUAUUAAGGGCUCUCUUCUUUGUCUGGGGGUAAGGUCAAGUAUAAAUGGAUGCUAUUCCAUCUAUGAUCAUAAUCCAAAUUGUCAAAUCAAACAUGACUACCUAUUUUGGUGUAUUAGUUUCAAGGGCUUCUUCGAUGAUGUCCAUCAAAUCAUGUUUAAAUGCAAAUUGUCUUUCAAUUUCCCAGUCUUUACAAAUACUGGUGUAUAAAACCACUCGAUAAAGUUUUUAAAAGUAAAAUAUAAUAAAGGGCCUGUUUUUCCAUGAUGUUUCAUAAUCUGUCCUACUGCUCUUGAAGUUCUCUAGCCUCAAGACUACCAGACAAUUACACAUUCAAACAGGCCGUUCUGGAAUUUAAACUCAAUGAAUUGGAGCGAAACCAUUACCUGAUUACAGAAUGGUCCCUAGCCCAAAGUUACAAUGGUACCGUUGAAUGUG